AUGACCUCAGCACCACCCCCUCCUCCACCGCCGAAGCCAGUCUCUCAAAGUGCUGAUCCAAGCAGGAGUGGCACUCCCAACCACGGUGUUAGUGCAGGUCCUUCUCCAUUUCCUCCUCCUGGCUCUGCGGUUACAAAUUCUCCUCGUCCUCAACCGCCAAUUCCGUCCUCGACACCAUCAUCCUCGACCCCAAUACCACAAGCUACCUAUCAGGCCCAGCAACACACACCAAUCCCGCCUCCUACACUCCACGACCGGUGGAUCCCAACGCAGAUAGCAGAUAAACCCAUAAACGAGCUACAAACCCUCGCCAAUAACCAAUCAUUGAUCGCCUCGUUGGCCGCCACACAUCCAUCUUAUGCCUCAUCUCUUGUUCCCCUACAAAAUGCAAUACAAGCCAACAUCCAGCUGGCUCAGCAAGUCUCUCAAAUGGAGGCUCAGCUACGAAAGCUCAGAGACGAGACAGCCCAGCUGUUGUUGAAUCACACCUCUUUACAGACCCAGUGGAGAAGGAAACAGAGCGAGAUGGAUGACGCUCUAUCGCCGUGGGGACCACGACAAAUGUAUCAACGUUUGCUUUCUAGUAUCACCGAGCAGGAAUCGGUUCUUAAAGCCAUGCAGGAAAGUUUCUUGGAAAGCUCCAGCCCCGACGACGGCUACUAUGGAGGGGCUGAUGGCAAGGCGAGCGAGAAAGAGGUCAUCGAGUGGGUGAGGCGAAUAAGGGAGGGUGCUACGACGUUGGAGAAGAGGAGAGAAAUGAGAGCACGAUGGGAUGAAGGGAGAGUUGGUGGCUGGAGAUGA